CCGCCCAAAGAUCCUGCCAUCUGCAAGCAGCUUCUCCAAAGCAGGCGUGCCCAUUUGUAGCAUCCCCAAGGGUUUCCGUGCUGUGAACGGGUAGUUAUCUGUUUAGUAUGCCAGCGCCAUUUACCGACUCGACCAACGUUAGCUGUACGCGCCAAAGUCCAAAUGACCUCUCAAAGGCAACCCUUCCUUCGACGCCUCGCCGUCCUCUUCAACCAAAGUCCCAUGCCGUAGUAUCUUCUCCAAUUGGUCCUUCCACUCCCACAGCUGAUGUUAGAAAAUCUUUGGGGGUGGGCUUCGAUACGUUUUCAGACGGAUUUUCCAAUAUUCCAACGUCUCCACUAUCCUCCCCUCUCCGAGCAACGCGUCUUGACUCGUCACCUUUGCGUGCUACAACACCGAAUAGGAAGCGACCGCGUGAAGAGUCCUUCGGUUGUCGGGCUGCUGAACAAGCCGAACCUGAAGCUUAUCAUCUGCAAACAGGCAAAGUAUGGAAAAGUCAUCAACCUCUGAAUAUCGAGCCGCCGGUAUGUGCUCUGCCGGAAUCGAUCCUCAGAGAUCGCAAAAAUCUCUUCUCGCCCGCUGCAUGGUUCUCUGGUACGAGGUUUGAGAGGCGACUUCCUUUCAAUACGGCCAUAACUGGCAGAGAACUAUUUGGAUCAAAAUCCGGCCGUGUUAUAUAUCCUUCGUUGAGAAAAUAUGUUUCAAAAUUCGUUAGCACUGAGCAUGACAUUUACAGAAUUGUCUCUGAAGACGAGACAUAUAUACCUCCGUUUACCUGUAGUUUCUGCAAUGUCGCAAAUGGCGGCAAAUACUUAGCAAUUGCGGACGAAGACGGUACAAUUGGUAUUGUCGACACUAGGCACGACGCAGUGUGGGAGAAAGAAAAUCCUCGAACGCAAUGGUUGGCGCACCAAAAUGCCAUAUUCGAUCUCUGCUGGACAUCCGACGAUCAAUACUUGGUUACCGCAGCAGGCGAUCAGACAGCGCGUUUGUGGGAUGUUGAAAGGCAGGCAUGUGUCUGUGUAUUCCAAGGGCACAAUUGUAGCAUCAAAUCAGUUGCUCACAAUGCGCGGAGCCCCAGUAUAUUUGCGACCGCCGCACGAGACGGAAAAAUCAUGACCUGGGACACUCGAUGUAGCGGAUUUUCUGACUCUACAGAAACGUACCAUCGGCCAACAGACACGAUCAGACAUGCGCAUGCGCUGGUUAAUUCCGGCGCCGGGCAGAUGAACAAGAAGUCCCGCCGCGCUAACUCUUUACCGGCCAAUCAAUCUCAAAGCGUAACUACGGUACGAUUUUGGAAUAAUACGGAUAAUAUGCUAAUAUCGUCUGGUGCCGCGGAUGGUUUGCUCAAAGUGUGGGACUUGCGAAAUCACGGCUCACACACGCGGCGCGAGUUUCCGUCCCCUUAUGCGACGUCAUCCGUGAUUGAAGGGAAAAAACGUCUGCAUGGUUUCUCUUCGUUUACCUUGGACUCACGAGGAAGCAGGUUAUAUGCUGCCUGCACAGACAACAACAUAUACGAGUUCAAUCCAAACAAUCUCAACACGCCCAUUCACAGCUUCUCUGCCUCUACCUAUCGAUGCGACUCCUUCUACAUCAAGACUACCGUAUCACCCGAUGACCGAUUCCUAGCCAGUGGAUCGUCCGAUUAUGGAUUGUAUAUAUGGGAACUUGAUGCGCCGGAGAAGCCACCUUUGGUCCUACGAGCGCAUAGAGGGGAGGUGACGGGUGUUUCUUGGUCUAAGCAUGAGCUGGAGGAGCUUGCGUCUUGUUCGGACGAUGCAAGUGUGCGCCUGUGGAAAAUCGACAACGAUUACAGGGAGGAAGAACAAGAGGUUGCGUAUCGGGAUUUGAGAGGACAUGCAGAGGAGGGCGAAUUGAAGGUUGAGAAACGUUUGCAUGUGUCCCGUCCCAGAAAAUCAACUUCGAUCGCACGACGUGACGAAAACACCGAAAACGAUCCUCCAGAACUUGACCAUACCUCGCGUGGCGAUAAUGGACCACCGGUCGGCUGUGUGACACCACAGUCGCGUGGACGGACCAGCGUUCGACGUCAGACAAGGGGGAACAACAGUCGUGGGGCAUCUGUCUCCCGACGGAGCACUGGAAGAAGUAUAACGGAUUACUUUUCUAGUCCACUCCCCGGUGGUAGCGGGAGUGGAUGAGUGAUUGUUUGUGCAAAAUAGAUGUAAUAUAUUAGAUGCUACCAGUGAGAAUAUCAAAUGCAAUGGGUCGGUCAAGGAUCACAAUGUACAAUUUUUCAG